AUGAUAAAUGCUAAAUGGACUGUAAUAAAGUAUCUAAAAGAAAAUGCUAUAGGGAGAGAAGACGGAGAGAUCGAUACAAUAGUGGAUAGAAAUAACUCUGGAUUAAUAAACAGCAACCUUACAGAUGUCUCUUUAAAAACUGCUAGAGAGGAGCUCCAAGCUGGUUUCACAGACCCUCUAUGUCUGUAA